UCGUGAUCAGAAUGGCGCAGGGCGAGACGUUCUUGAGUAAACUAACCGGUCGUAUCUUCACCAAUAUGGUGCCUCAAAUGCCUUUUUCGCGAACAUCUAUUGACAAGAAGACGGUGGACAAGUGUUGGACAUUGAUGGACAAAGUCGUAAAACUUUGCAACAAUCCGCGUGUCAACCUGAAGAACAGCCCGCCAUAUAUUCUCGACAUAUUACCCGACACGUACCGACAACUUCGUCGCAUCUACGCUCGCUAUGAAGACGACAUACCGGCUCUGAAUGAGUGCGAAUACUUUCGCGUCUUUAUCGACAAUCUUACUCAGAAGUGCAAGCAGGUGGUGCGGUUGUUCAGAGAGGGUAAAGAGAAGAUGUACGACAAAGAUUCGAGUUGUCGUCGUGGUCUGACGAAGCUCAGUCUUGUGUUCAGCCACAUGUUUGCUGAGUUGAAGUCUCUGUUUCCCGAAGGCCGCUACAAUGGAGAUGUAUUUCGCAUCACAAAGAGCGAUGCUUCAGAAUUCUGGAAGAAAGCAUUCGGUGCCAGGGCUAUUGUGCACUGGAAAGAGCUCAAACAAAUGUUUCACCAAGUCCAUCCCAUUCAGUCAACUCUGGAAGCGAUUGCAUUAAAAUCAACUAUUGAUCUGACAUGCAAUGGCUAUGUGUCUGUCUUCGAAUUUGAUGUGUUUACACGCCUGUUUCAACCUUGGCAGACUCUGUUGGACAACUGGCAUGCUUUAGCUGUCACUCAUCCAGCAUAUCAAGCAUUCUUAACAUAUGAUGAGGUAAAGGCAAUGCUACAAAAGUGGUUACAUAAACCAGGAACAUACAUUUUCAGGCUAAGUUGUACCAGGUUAGGUCAGUGGGCAAUCGGCUAUGUGACUCAAGAUGCUCAAAUUCUUCAAACAAUUGCACAGAACAAGUCUUUGUGCCAGGCUCUGAUUGAAGGAGCUCAUGAAGGAUUCUACCUGUUUCCUAAUGGAGAAGAUCAUAACCCUGAUCUAUCACAAGAUGUCGGUGUCAAACCAGGAGAUCACUUCAAAGUGACACAAGAGCAAUAUGACAUUUACGUUGACAUAGGAAUGACUUUUCAAAUGUGCAAAAUUUGUGCUGAAAAUGACAAAGAUGUUCGAUUGGAACCAUGUGGUCAUCUGCUUUGUUCAGUAUGCCUUGUCACCUGGCAGGAAUCAGGCGGUACCGGCUGUCCAUUUUGCCGGGAACAGAUUAGAGACUCAUCACCGGUUGUAGUUGAGCCAUUUCAAUCGGAUGUUGUGAAGAAGAAAAAUGAUGUUAAUCCUCCUUCGUUGCCAUUGCCUUAUCCUGGAACUAAACUGUUCUCAAAGGGUGACCAUUCGUUUUCUGGUAAAUGUAUACACUCUUCAGCUGUUGCAGCAAGUAUCACUGUAUCAGAAGGCAGCAACAGAGAUAUGAGUGAUUUGGAGGAUAUCCCACAGCAACAGCUAUUGCCAAACAGGAGCAUUCCUGGACCUAAAAGAUAUGAUAGAGAAACUAGCAAUGGUGCUCCACCUCUUCUUGCCAGACGUGUAAUCCGUACUUAUUCUGCUGGGUCUUCUGUUGCUUUCUCUAUACGAGAAACUCAGAUGGGAGGAUUACUAGCAACAGGAAGUGAAACUGCACAUACUGAUGUUCUUGCUAAGGAUUUAACAAAUCCACCCGUUGGCCAAUCUUGUAGUGAGAUUUGGUCUCGGUCUGCAAGAGCUGUACCUGCCUCAUCUGCACAUUUUGAAAGAACAGAGCUUGAAGUUUUUUUGGAUACAGAUAUACAAUCGCAUGCAGAACUGGCAAGCAGUGCAUUUCUACCUGUACCUCAACAUCAAAAUUGCUCAUGUUCAAAUGCAGUGAAAUAUGUAAAUGUGGAGCACUUGGGUCAUUCAAGUGGGUGCUGUCUCUCUCUGACAGCGGAUGUUUUGGAUGGGAAUAGUUACGAAAUCUCCAAUGAUAGAAAUUUCAACUAUGAUGUCGUGCCAUCAAUCACCAACAUAAGACUACAGUCUGGUGGCAUCAGUUGUCCUGCACAACCACAAGACCUUCAUAACUCACAUCAGAAUUAGGCAACCUCUUGCUACUCUGACCAAGACUAUAAUUCUUCUUUCUGUCUGUGUCCUUUGAAGAAUUUCUUCUCAUAAACUUUCUGUGAAAGUUGCUAAAGCUCACUUCCUCACUUUCUCACUUUUGCACAUGAUAGUUUCAGCUGACCACUAUUAAUAUUGAAGAGGAACUGGAUAGCCAUUUGCCAAUAAACAGUGAAAUGAAGUUUGUGAUAUUCAAUUUUCUUCUGUGGAUUGACACUCAGAAAUAGUAAUAAUAGUGUUCUAUGCCUAGCGCAGUGAUAUGUAAUAGUCGUGAUAUUCUAGAGAACAUUUAUUUCAAAUUUUAACAGUUUUAAAGUUUUAGCUUGUGCAGUCUUACAGCUAACUUAAGUAACAAAUUUUUGCUAUCUGCUGAUCAGGUUAGAUUAAAUGACAAUAACACUACAAAGUACAAUUGAA